AUGAAUAAUAGAAACAAUUCAAAUUCCGUAUCUUCCCAUCUACCAGGUAGACUAACAGCUUUAAUUGUUUCAAUAUUGGUUGCUCUUGCCUCAGGCACGCCAUAUUUAUAUGGGGUCUAUUCUCCACAGUUUGUAAAACAAGUGGGCUUGACCACUUCUGAUUCAGCAACAAUAUCAUUGGCAACAAACUUGGGUUCAGGAGUAGGUGGACUUCCAGGAGGAUUAAUAAUUGACCAUUUUGGUCCCCAGAAGAGUAUAUUAUUGGGAUCAAUUUGUAUAUUUAUUGGUUAUUUUGCCAUGCAUAAAAUUUAUGAAACCAAAUACGACAAUUUAUUAAUCAUAUGUAUUGCCAUGGCUCUAGCAGGAUUUGGAUCCAUUACUUCCUAUUUCGCCACAUUGAAAGCAUCACAGUCUAAUUUCCCUAAACAUAGAGGUGCUGCUGGAGCUUUUCCCGUUAGUGCUUUUGGGUUUGCUGCUACCGUGUUUUCAAUUAUCUCAGCAACUUUUUUCAAAGGAAAUUCAGGAGGAUUAUUGGAAUUUUUAUCUAUCUUUUGUGGUAGUAUGACAUUUUUAGGGUCUUUUUUCAUUCAUAUUUAUUUAGAUCAUCACGAUCAUCGUGAGACAGAUCCUGAAAUGUCGAGUCCAGAAUCCGUGUCGUCUCCUUCACCAAACUAUUACAGUAUUGAAUCUGAUACUUUGAGAAACCCUAGAAUAGAGGAAGAGUUAUCCUUACUUAGUGAGGGAAAUUCCGUAAUUGAACCACCAGCAACAACAAUGAGUAGACAAGAUUCAUUGCAAGGAUCUAUUUCAUUUUGGGGGAUCGGUCAAAGAACACCCAGGGAAUCUAUCAGUUUGCAAGAAUCAGAAGCCAACAACAUUAUUGAGAGUCUUCGAAAUGAAAAUGCACCUAAACAACAACAACAACAACAACAACAACAACAACAACAACAAGUUCAACAACAGGAAGAACAACAAAAGGACCACAAAAAGUUAUGGUUCAAUUUUAUUCCAGUGCCUGAUUUUCUCCACAAGGAAAACGGGAGAAUAUUUGCCAUUCAUUACUAUAUUGUCUCAUUGGCCAGUGGUAUUGGUCAAAUGUACAUUUACAGUGUAGGAUUUAUUGUCACCGCACAAUAUUAUUAUGGCAAAAAUAAGAUUGAAAAUUUGACAAAAGAAAACAGUAAGGAUAUUCAUCAUGACCCAAAUGUUGAUGAUACAGUACAAACUUUACAAGCCCUUCAAGUCUCAAUAAUUUCCAUUGCAUCAUUUCUGGGCCGAUUGUUUUCUGGAUUCUUGAGUGAUUAUAUUUAUAAAAAAUGGCAUAUUCAACGAUUAUGGAUUGUUCAAGUAACACUUGUAUUUCUCGCAUUUGGACAAUAUUUAACUAUUCAAAAUGUGAAUAACCUACAUCUUGUUACCCUUGCAUCUGCCCUUAUUGGAGGAAGUUAUGGACUUAUAUUUGGGACAUAUCCAGCAGUGAUUGCUGAUCGAUUUGGUACUCGGCUGUUUUCUACAUCUUGGGGAUUGGUGUGUACGGGACCUUUGAUUACAUUAUGGAUUUUAAAUAAAUAUUUCGGUAAAUUAUAUGAUGCUAACACCGAUGGUGAUACGGGAAUUUGUUAUUUGGGGAAUGGCUGUUAUCAAGGUGCAUUCGAGUUAAGUCUAGUUCUUUGUGGUAUGACAUUUGUGGUAACGCUACUUUUGAUAUAUAUACAAAGAAAGUGA